AUGACCUCGAACUGGAAAGACGAAGAGCCGUCCAUGUCGGUGAUGGAUGACGGCGCCAAGCCUGGAGACGGACAAGAACAGUUCAAGUUGGACGUCGCCCAGAAGGAAGCUGUUUGGGUGUUUCGUCUUCGUGUGCUGACGGGCAUUGUGCUGGUGGGUGUUGCCGUUGCCGUUUGUCUAGUGGUGUACUUUGCCGGUCGUCAGAGUGAGACGGAGAGUUUCGAAACUGACUUUGAAGCUCUGAGUGAAAAGUUGGUCUUGAGCUUUGAGCAAACGGUGGAGCAACGAUUCGGAAUCAUUGCCAGCUUUGGCCAAGACAUCACAUCGCAAGCCAAUGGCAGCUGGCCGUUUGUGGCACCCAAGGACUUUAAUCAACGGGCCGACGCCGUUUCGAUCUUGGCGCAAUUGAUGGCCAUCCGACUCAUGCCUCGUGUGGAGAAGGAGAACUAUAACCUCUGGAACGACUGGGCGUUUGACAAUCAAGGUUGGAAAGCAGAAGGAUUGGCCUUUCAAACGGGAAUUCCGGUAGACCAAGUCAAUGCUGGCAUUAUCAACCACGGCAUGAUCAACGUCCACAAUCCCAAUGGGCCCACACCUGCCAAUGAAAUCAAUCCAGAUGGUCCUCACUUUCCCACUUGGUGCGUUCACCCAGCUGCAAAUUCCUCGGAAGCGGAGAAUCUGGUCGAUCUCUAUGGCGAUUUCGAGCACAAGGGUCCCAUUGAUCUCGCGACCGAAACAGGCUUGCCCAUUUUCGAGCCAUCCUACGACUACAUGGGAGGCAACGAAAAAGACAUGCGCUACGACUUUAUCACGCAGACGACUCAUAUCGAAUACCUCGACGACCCACACGGCACGGCCAUGUUUCCCGUAUUUGACAGUCUGGACGUCAACACAAGAAAGGUUGUGGCGGUCUUUUAUACCUUCAUUUACUGGCGAACCUAUUUUGAUAAUCUCCUCCCUCCUGGCGCCGAUGGAAUCUUUGUCAUUCUCGAAAACACGUGCAAUCAGACGUAUACGUACCAAGUCAACGGUGUUCACUCCCAGUUCAUUGGUCAUGGAGACUUACACGAUCCCAAGUAUGACGAACUGGGAACGGGGACUACUGUCGCAGUGUCAACCGAUGCCGCUACCAACGCCGAAAUUCUCGCCACGGACUUUAGUUGUCAAUAUUCCAUUCGCGUAUACCCAUCCCAAGACUUUGAAGACAGCCAUCGCAGUUCGACACCAGCCGUUUACGCGGCCGUCUUGGCGUUCCUCUUUGUCUUUACCAGCUUUAUCUUUUUGCUCUAUGACUACAUGGUCGAACAACGACAAAAGGCGGUACUCACAUCGGCCAUGCAAUCUGGAAAACUCGUCUCCUCCUUGUUCCCCAAAGAAGUACGAGAGCAGCUCUACAAAGAGCAGCAAGCACAAACCAAUCAGCAGGAGAAAAAGGACAAUUGGAAAAAUACCAACACCCAAGAGUCUGAAGGUGGUUUCGGAGACAAUAAGAAAGCCAUGAUCGCCAGCUUGUACCCGGAAACAACCAUCUUCUUUGCCGACUUGGCCGGAUUCACGAAAUGGAGCUCCAGUAGAACACCGGAAGAAGUCUUCGAGCUGCUGGAAGCCGUGUACGGGGCCUUUGACGCUAUUGCUCAACGUCGAAGGGUGUUUAAAGUAGAAACAAUCGGGGACUGUUACGUGGCUGUUACGGGUCUUCCCAAUCCCCAAACCGAUCACGCGGUCAUCAUGUGCAAGUUUGCCAAUGAUUGUUUGGCAAAGUUCAAGACUUUGACUGCAUCCUUGGCCACAACCAUGGGAGAGGAUACAGCGACACUUUGCAUGAGGAUUGGAUUGCAUUCUGGACCCGUCACAGGAGGUGUCCUUCGUGGUCAAAAAAGUCGAUUCCAAUUGUUUGGAGACACCGUGAACACAGCGAGUCGCAUGGAGUCGAACGGGGUCAAAAAUAGGAUUCACGUGAGUCAACAGACGGCCGACGCGUUGAUGGCUCGGGGAAAGAACAGCUGGAUUACCGCCCGUGAAGAAAAAAUCGAAGCCAAGGGAAAGGGAAGCUUGCAAACGUACUGGGUAGACUUGACAUCCAGGAGCAACUCCGUCACUUCUUCUACUGUUACUUCCGCCUACUCCAGUGGAGAGAUUCAAUCGUCAAGAGAUCACACGUCUCGGUCGACGGACGCUGGAGAAGGUGGAUUCGAGGACAUUGUAGAUUGCUAGCUUUUGCUAGCCACUGUACUACAUGUAUGCGUAACCCGUAACUUGAUAAAUGUUUAA